AUGCCUAAGAUUCACCCUGACUCCAAAGCGUUGAUUAUCAAGAGGCGGAAGACCAGAUCCACUGCUGAGGUGGCUGACACCUUCAAUGUGUCUCAGCAUCAAGUACAAAGAAUAAGAACAAGAUUUGAAGAGACUGGAGAUGUUUUUGACAAGCCCAGGUCCGGCAGACCCCGCAAUACAACUGCUCGGGAGGACCGUUUGUUGGCUCGAAAAUCCAAGGCCACCCCCUUUCCCACUGCAGCAGAGCUCCACCAGGCCUGGUCACCUCAAGUCCCUGUGUCAACCAGGACAGAUGCAGCCAAAGUGUGCAGUGGAUUCGUGGAGAGAGAGAAGAGGCCGAGCCGGAGGCAAUGGAACAAGCACAAGUCUUUCAGAGAGAAGCAGGCAGACAAGGUGGCUGAGGAAUCUGAGGUUUAUUUCCUGAAGCAGACAAUAGUAAACUCCUGUGGCAUCGUCGCCCUGCUGCACGCUGUGGCAAACAACAAGAGCAAAAUGGCUUUUGAGACCGACUCUGCCCUGAAGAAAUUUCUGGACGAGACUGCUAACAUGUCUGUUGAUGAUCGUGCCAAACGUCUGGAGGACAACCAGGCGAUCUGUGAUGCUCACAAUGAGGCUGCACAGGUGGGCCAGUGCAGGCCUGAAGCCGACAAAGUCAACUUCCACUUCAUCACCUUUGUCAAUGUAAAGGGACAACUCUAUGAAUUUGAUGGGAGAAUGACCGGAGCAGUGAAGCACGGAGCCACCAAGGAUGAAUCCUUCAUCACGGUAUGUGAUGAAACCUACCACCCUACCACCUACCACCCAAACGCCAAAUUUUAA